AUGAAAGUACUCAGUGAAAUAGAUGAAAGUAGAGAGAUUCUCAAAACCAUCAAAGCAAGACGAUGGAACAUGAUUGGGCACAUAUUAAGGCACGAAAAUGAGCUAAUCUACAAAAUAAUAGAAGCGAAAAUGGAAGACAAAAGGGGCCAAGGGCGUCCAAGAACUUCAUUUGUCAAACAAAUGAUUUCCGAUGCUAGACUGUCAAACAAAUGA